CGGCCCGACUGCGCCGUCAUCCCGGCUAUAAGCGCGCCACCGGGUCGCCCCGCUGCCACCGCCGCCAUGCAGAGCCCCGGCCUCCUGCUGCUCGCCCUCGGCCUGCUGGCCACCUCCACCACCGCGAUCGUCAGGAUUCCUUUAUACAAGUUCACGUCCAUCCGUCGGACCAUGUCGGAGGCCUGGGGCCCUGUGGAGGAUCUGGUGGCCCAUGGCUCCGCGGAGGAGUCGUCAUUUGCUCAGAACACCAUCUCUAAGUACUCGCAUGAGCCCUCCUCGGGGCACAAGGAGCCGGUCCCAGAGAUGCUGAAAAACUACAUGGAUGCCCAGUACUACGGGGAGAUCGGCAUUGGCACGCCCCCCCAAUGUUUCACCGUCGUCUUUGACACCGGCUCCUCCAACCUGUGGGUCCCCUCUGUUCACUGCAAGCUGUUGGACAUCGCCUGCUGGAUGCACCAUAAGUACAACAGCAAGAAGUCCAGCACCUACGUGAAGAAUGGUACCUCGUUUGACAUCCACUAUGGCUCGGGCAGCCUCUCCGGGUACCUAAGCCAGGACACUGUGUCGGUGCCCUGCUCGGCAUCCAGCGGCAUCCAGGUGGAGAGGCAGAUCUUUGGGGAGGCCACCAAGCAGCCGGGCGUCACAUUCAUUGCGGCCAAGUUCGACGGGAUCCUGGGCAUGGCGUACCCCCGCAUCUCGGUCAACAACGUGCUGCCCGUCUUCGACAACCUCAUGCAGCAGAAGCUGGUGGAGAAGAAUGUCUUCUCGUUCUACUUGAACAGGAACCCAACUGCCCAGCCUGGGGGCGAGCUUAUGCUGGGCGGCGUGGACACCAAGUACUACCAGGGCCAACUGUCCUACCUGAACGUGACCCGCAAGGCCUACUGGCAGGUGCACAUGGACCAGCUGCUGGUAGGCAACGGGCUGACCCUGUGCGAAGGGGGCUGUGAGGCCAUCGUAGAUACCGGCACGUCCCUGCUGGUGGGUCCUGUGGAUGAGGUACGGGAGCUGCAGAGGGCCAUCGGGGCAAUACCACUCAUCCAGGGCGAGUACAUGAUCCCCUGUGAGAAGGUGUCCAGCCUGCCCCCGGUCACCGUGAAGCUGGGAGGCAGAGAUUACACCCUGUCUGCUGAAGACUACACACUCAAGGUGUCCCAGGGCGGCAAGACCAUCUGCCUGAGCGGGUUCAUGGGCAUGGACAUACCCCCGCCCGCCGGGCCCCUCUGGAUCCUCGGCGACGUGUUUAUCGGCCGCUACUACACCGUGUUCGACCGCGACAACAACAGGGUGGGCUUCGCCGAGGCCGCCAAGCACUAGAUGGCCAGCGCCGCGGCCAGCAGAGAUGCAACAGACUCGGGGCAGGGGGCAGGAGUGGCCAGACCUCAGGCCUCCCAGCCCCUCCUCCGCUCAACCACACACUCAUGCUCACUCACACACUCACACUCACCCGCCCAUAGCCUGAGCUGGGCCUGUGGCUGCCGUCUCGGAAGGGCUGGGGCAGGCGUGGGCCUGGCCUACCCACAGUGAGGGGUUUGUGCCUCAUGCCGCCCAACUGGCCCUGAGAACCUGCCCUUCCUGCUAGUUCUCUGCCCAACCUUGAGCUGGCACCCGUGCCCGCUGUCUCAUCUCUUCCUGUGUCCUGAGGGACGCCAGCUGUUUGAGGCCCGCUGAUAAGUAGGAAGGAGCUGGAGGGAGGGAGAGGUGGACAGUGGGACUGUCCUGGGGCCACGCAUUGUCGGGGGACAGGAUGGUCCGAGGCCGUGAGAAUACACUUUGGGCCUCUAA